AUCUCGGUCUAUAUUCAUCGUCUGGAUCCAACAUACACUAGUAGAUCUAUUCUUUCACCUUCCCGGUUUAUUCGCAUUACUUCUAUCCAUUGUCGCAUUUCACCCUCACCCACCAAUAUCUCUUGAAAUCGUAUCCGACAACAUGAAACUUCCAUCCGCAGCAGCGGUUUUCCUUCUCCUCCUCUCCACAGCGACGUCUCUCUCGGUACCCCCCUCAGACUUGGCUGUUCGAGACGUGGAAGUUGCGCCAAGAAGUGAUGAAUACCCAGAUCUGGAGAAGCGACGCGGCGGCGGCGGACGCGGUGGCGGCGGCGGGAGCAGUAGCGGCGGAGGUAGUGGAGGGCGCGGCGGCGGCGGAGGAUCAAGCAGUGGUGGCAGCGGAGGCAGUGGAGGCGGUUCGUCCUCAGGGGGGAGAACAGGAUCAUCCAGUAACACCGGCGGCGCAAGUCGUGGUGGCUCCGGCACAAAGCCGGCGUACGGUGGUGGAGCUUACUACGGAGGCGGAGCGACAACCCCUUAUGCGGCCGGGCGACGCUCACCUCUAGGAUUAGCACCGUUUCUAUUGCCCGCGACAGCACUGGCCUUCUUCCCGGGCCUUUGGCUAUAUGGCGCAUACGCUUAUCCCUACAGUCACCCGUAUCACUACAGGAACCACACCGACAACAAAAAUGAGUCGCUCCCGGUGGUCUGCCUGUGCGAAGAGCAUGCCGAGUGCGGAUGCGAUGAUAACGACAAAGACAGCUAUUACCAGUCGCUGUUCAAUGGAACAGAGCCCAAGAACGGGAGCAACGUCCGGGUGGUGGAGGUCAAUGGCACCGAGAAAAUCUUCAUCAACGGGACCCUGCCGAAUGGAACAACGUCAGACGAGUCCGAGCCCGCUUCAUCGUCCACUUCGUCAUCAUCCGCGCCCGGUCCUGCGGUGGCCAUGCUACAUUUCAGCGGAUACUGGGUCAUGGUUGCUUUGGUGCUUAGUAGCGUUUAUAUGUUGUGAUGAUACGAUGAUGAUGAUGAAAGCUCGGCUUAUUCGUGGGCACCGAUAUACCGUGCCUACGUUCCUCCCCGAC